UGUGUUAAAAUUUAAAGAUUUCAUCUCCAUAUUUUGUUUGUGAUUAUUAUUUGUUGAUUAAGUUAAUUGUGACUUUUCCUGUUCAUUUUUGUGUUUUUUUUAUCUUUAUUGGGGUGCUGUCACUGUUCUGAUAUUCAUCAAAAUGGCGAAAUCAUUGAGAAGUAAAUUCAAGAGGAAGAUGAGAGCCAUAAAACGUGUCCGAUAUGGGCAAAAGGAAUUGGACAGGCUGAAGAAAAUGUUAGCAGAAGCAGCUAAUAAUGAAUCAAUCGAAUUAGCUAAACCUAAAGAAAUUGAUAUGAAAGCAACUGAAGAAACAAAGGCUAAUAGUGACAAGAAAGAUGAAAAUUUCAUGGAAAUUGAAAAGCCAAAGCGCAAUGCAAAGACUCUCAUGGAUCAACAUGGUACUUUCCCUGUUUGGGUGCAUCCAAGACAACGUAGAAAAUUACUCAAGAGAAAUAAGGCAAAAAAGAAGAAUAUAAAGUAAUUUAUUCUUACACUCUUCGUCUUGUGUAAUUACUAUUUGGUGUCAAUAUUUAAUUCGGCAUGAAAACAUUCGCCCUUGGAAAAUCAUGAUGACUCAAUUGUCACGAGUUGCCUUAUUUUUUCAAUAUCAUAUCGUUCGAGGACGGCCAACAAUUGUAAUUGAAUGUACAAUACCUUAUAAAUUAACUGAUUAAAAACCUUGGAUUUGGAAAA